AUGGCUUCCGGCUUCGGCUUCAACGGCGGUCGCUCGCGCUGCUUCACCUACUGGCAGGAGUUCCAAAAGUGCUACGCAAAGGCCGACACCCCGGCCGAGUGCGUGCCGCAAAAGGAUGACUAUAUCGAGUGUCUGCACCAUGGGAAAGAGAUUGCCCGCGCCCAGCAAAUCAAGGAGCACUACAUCCAGCACGAGAUGCGCCGUGCAAAGGAGCAGAGAGAAAAGGGCGAGCUGCGUGCUACGGGUGGGAUCAUGAAUCUAGGGCUGAUCAGCGGAGGUGGAGAGGAGAAUGGGUCUGGGGAUAAGGGAGGAGAGGACAAGAAGCAGCCGCCGGCUUCAGCGGGAGAUGAUAAGAAGGGCGGGUCAGAUGGGAAGGAGGGGAAGGAAGGCAAGUAAUGUGGGUAAUGUGGAUAUGCUGAUUGGCCGUCUGCCCAGCCCUUGGCUGUGAGAGUCAAUCUACGAGAUUAUAUGACAGUCGCCGAGCGAGACUGGGGCCGCUUCAAUCGUCCUCUUCUGUGCCCGGCAGGUAGAACUGGAGGUGGACGAUGUCAGCUCUCUGUGUCCUCUUCUCUCACUGAUCUUCGCCCACCUAGCCUCACUCACCGUAAC